CUGGAGCGAGAGGAGCGAGAAAAGAAGAUGAUUCCCCGGGACGGAACUGUCACGCCAAUCUCUGCGAAUCUAUGAGCUUCGUAUAGUUUUUAUACAUUCAAGGUGGAGCCUGUCACUUUUCUACAGAUGCGUUUUUGCCAAUCAGUCGAUGACGAUGUUGAAUCGUUAGGAGGUCUCGGAUCGAAGCAGGAGGCAGCGUUAGCUAUUGUCGCUAGCUGCUAGCUAGCUAGCUAGCUCGCUACCUUAGCGAGCGGACUGGAUCCGGGUUUCGCUGAGAACCGGUGAGUCCUCUUGUCCUCGCGCUGUCGACCGCGGGGGGCUCCGAUUGAACCCCAUCCGCUCGGACCCACGUCUGGCACACGAAGGACAACUGCAUAUGUAUUUUUAUUCGGGAGUGUUUUUGCGAGACGUGCUGCGGGGUUUGGCAGAGUCGGGCCUGCGCGGACAAGCGCGGACAAGCGGAGCGAGGAGGCCCGACUUUAUGAUCCAGAGGAAGAGCCUUUCUAAUCCCACCGACGCACGUCGACAGUUCGGCCGGCUCGAAACGUCCCCGCGAGGACCCGCGAAACGCAGAGAGCCGCCGGCGACCGAGAGCAGACCCGCUGACUGCGACGCGCAAGCCCAGACCGCUGAUCCCAGACCUGUUUCCAUCCUUUAGCCCGUAAAGACUCCUGUCACCUGCUACAAUGGCUGCGAUUAUAAAAGAAAUGGUCAGCCGGAACAAAAGGAGAUAUCAAGAGGAUGGCUUCGACUUGGACUUAACGUAUAUCUACCCAAACAUCAUUGCGAUGGGCUUUCCAGCGGAGAGACUCGAAGGCGUGUACAGAAACAAUAUAGACGACGUAGUACGGUUUUUGGAUUCAAAGCAUAAAAACCACUACAAGAUCUACAACCUCUGCGCAGAAAGACACUACGAUGCUACCAAAUUUAACUGCAGAGUUGCACAGUACCCCUUCGAAGACCACAACCCUCCGCAGCUGGAGCUGAUUAAGCCGUUUUGCGAAGACCUGGACCAGUGGCUCAGCGAGGAUGACAAUCACGUGGCGGCCAUCCACUGUAAGGCCGGGAAGGGCCGCACCGGAGUCAUGAUCUGCGCCUAUCUCCUCCACCGGGGCAAAUUCCAGAAGGCCCAAGAAGCGCUCGACUUUUACGGAGAAGUCCGGACAAGGGACAAGAAGGGAGUCACGAUCCCGAGCCAGCGCCGCUACGUCUACUACUACAGCCACCUGCACCAGCACCAGCUCGACUACAAGCCGGUGGCGCUCCUCUUCCACAAAAUGGUCUUCGAGACGCUCCCCAUGUUCAGCGGGGGCACCUGCAGGGACAGUACCGUUAAAAACAGGAGCGAGCCGAUCCCUCUGGGCUUCAGGAAAGGGAAUUGGCAUUGGGAUCCCCAGUUUGUGGUGUUCCAGCUGAAGGUGAAGAUCCACACAUCGAACCCCGCGCACACGCGUCGCGAGGACAAGCACAUGUUUUUCGAAAUCCCCCAGCCGCUGCCAGUUUGCGGAGAUAUCAAAGUGGAGUUCUUCCAUAAACAGAAUAAGAUGAUGAAGAAGGACAAAAUGUUUCACUUCUGGGUGAACACCUUCUUCAUCCCCGGACCAGAGGAGAGCGGCGACAAGAUGGAGAACGGGGCGGUGAACAAUACAGACAGCCAGCCGGGCUUACCGGGCCAGGGCCCGCCGCCGAGCGCCGAGUGCCGGGACGGCGGCAGCAGGGACGGCGACAGGGACUACCUCAUCCUGACGCUCACCAAGAACGACUUGGACAAGGCCAACAAAGACAAAGCGAACCGCUACUUCUCGCCAAACUUCAAGGUGAAUUUGUAUUUUACGAAAACCGUGGAGGAGCCUUCGAAUUCUGAGGCAAGCACUUCGACAUCCGUCACGCCGGACGUUAGCGACAAUGAGCCGGACCAUUAUCGAUACUCUGACACCACUGACUCUGAUCCGGAAAAUGAACCUUUUGACGAAGAGCAGCACACGCAAAUCACAAAAGUGUGAACUCUUUUUAAAAAAAACAGGAAAAGAAGAAAUUAUACACCAGAGAAAAAAAAAGGAGAAAACUUGAAUAUAAACUCAAAAGAAGAACCUUUUGUCCCUUCCCUCCCCCAGACGGCAAUAGAAUAUCAUCAUGUCAAAUGCCAAUUUUAGGGAAAAAAAGAUAAAUAUCCUGACCAAUAUAUUGUUUUUUUUAUUUUUCUUUUUUUUCUUUGGCACGGCCAUGUACCAUGUGCAAGGUAUUGACACUGUUGCCCCAUGGGAAAAGGUGCUGUAGCUAUAAACAUGUGUGUUUAUAUAUAUAUCUAUAUACAUAUGUAUAUGUAUAUACAUGCAUAUAUCAACUUUUUUUGUGUCAAAGACAAUGGAAACCACAAUCAGGAGAUGGGAGUUGAAGUGUGGGAGAAGAAUGAUAUACUAGGACUAUGCUGCUCCUUCUCCUGUCUAAACCAAGGCCAGUGCUGCAGUCACUUUGUUUCACUCCCCCUCUUCUCCCCCACCCCCCCUUCCUUCUCAUCUUUUACUCUCCCUCCCCUCCUUCCUCUCCUCCUUUACUGUGAAUGCUUCUUGUGCUCUUUGCAGGCUGUCUCACGUGACUUUGGGUCUUUGUGCAGUGCGAGCUGCAUGCGGGCAGUGGGUUUGGGGUGGGCGGGGUUACGAAGAGGCUGCGAUGAUGUCUAAAGCAUUGCCAUUCCUGUCCCCACUGUGUAUACGUUAAAUUAUGCAGAACAAGGCAUCCCAUGUAAUUGUUAAUGUUUUUUUUUAUCCUAAGAUAAUAAAAAUAUAAUACACAAAACGGCAGGGAGACGAGUGUUUGCAGUAAUGUCCGACACUACGUCGGAAGGACGGUGGUGAUUUGCAUGUAUUGGAUUUGUCGUCCAGCCCUAAUAAAUGUAUGCAAUGUUGUCUUUUCUUAAAGGAA